UUUAAAUUUUGCUAUCCACGAGGGAAGCUCCAAGUUCACGAGAGCGGACGCGCGCGCGCGCUCGCCCAAGUCUACGUCGGGAUUUUUCGGCAUUUUGUUGUUAUAGGAUCGCGGUACUACGAAACGGUUUUUGAUUUACUUUCGUCCUAGUUUUUUUUUCUUUGGCUAGACAAUCAUCUCGUCUAGAAUCGAUAAAAAUCCUCGUCCCGAAUCGUCAAGAAUCCUAGUGCGAAAUCGUCAAGAAUUCUCAAAGAAAAUUUGUUUUCCAGAUUUGUUUUGGAACAUUUUCCGGCAAAAAAAAAACAUUCUAUUCUAUUUUCUUAAUGCAUUGUGGUGUGUGAAGUGCGUGUGAACCAUACUCGAGCCAGCAAGUAAAGACGAGCGUCGAGAAUUAGCAAGAAGCUUUUCGAUGAUCCAGAUCGCAGAGAUGUGCUGGGAAGCAUCCAGGGUGCGACCACUGUUCCGGUGGUUGCUCCCGAUACUGCUGGUCGCCGCUACUUCACGGGAAGUUCGAGGUCACGGACGCAUGAUGGAACCACCGGCACGCAAUGCAAUGUGGCGCUUCGGUUUUCCGAAUCCGGUCAACUACAACGAUAACGAACUGUUUUGCGGUGGGUACGCGGUCCAGUGGGAACAGAACCAGGGCAACUGUGGUGUGUGCGGAGAUGCGUACCAUCUUCGAUCGCCAAGACCACACGAGGCGGGCGGUGAGUAUGGUAAGGGUAUUGUAUCGCGUCGCUACGUAGCGGGCCAGGAGGUCGAGGUCGAGAUCGAACUGACCGCCAAUCAUAUGGGCCGGUUCGAGCUGUACCUCUGCCCGAACAAUAAUCCGCAAGCGGAAGCGACACAGGAAUGCUUCGACCGGUAUCCACUGUAUCUGGCCGGUACGCGCGAGGUUCGGUUUUUCAUCCCACCCGAGUCGAAGAAAAAGGACGUGUUCCGGUACCGUGUGCAGCUACCGCUGUACGUUAGCUGUACGCAGUGCGUACUGCAGUGGACGUACUUUACCGGCAAUAUGUGGGGACGAUGCGACAACGGUACCGAGUCGGUUGGUUGCGGUAGACCAGAAACGUUCCGUAACUGUGCGGAUAUCAGCAUCGUGUCCAAUACUGGUGGAGGCCGGCCUCCACUGUUUGUUGGCAACAAUAAUCCGUUCCUGCUGUACUACCGGGACUUCCGUGAUCCGAAGCCAGAUAACGUGUAUCCACUCAUCAUCCGGGACCAGGUGUGCCUGCCGACCGCAACCUACCGCAGCUUCAUCGGGAUGGAGGAUUGGUGCCAGAGCAACUGUCUACGCUAUCCACCGAACUGUCCGGAAACGGUGUGCCACUGUCCACAAACGUGCGAAGCGAUCGGUGAGCUGCGAGGCCGCGAGGGUGCCGAUGUAUACUGUCUGGACCAGUGUCUCAACUUCAAGUCCAACUGCCCAGCCGACAGAUGUCGUUGCUACUAAAUGCGCCAUUGCAGACAGCGGGCGGAUGUGUGUGAGUGGGUAUGUGUGAAUGUGUGUGAGUGUGUGAUUGCGUUGUGUGUCGUAUUGCGUCGAAUGAACGAGAAUCUUCAGGACAACACAGCAAAGGACGCAGCGAAGGACGUGAACUCCCCCUUAGAACCGCAAUGUCCAAACUGAACGAAAUGUGGAGCAUAGGCGUACCAAUUCGUACCAAUCGUGUUUCGUGUGCGCGUGUAUAUGUAGCAGGUCGAACUCAAGUCCGUAUUUUGCGACAUUCGGCUAGAGGUCUCUCUCUCUCUCUUUCUCUCUCUCUCUCUCGUUCUGGUUCUGUCAAAGCUGCUUCAACAACCUUUCGCCAAUAGGAUAACAAAAAAAGGAUAAAAACAAAAGAGCUCUGCUUCAUCUGUUGGAGCUCUACUUCAUCUGUGCUCUGCCCGCUUCUUGCCGCUAUUCUGGAGGGCAAAUAGGACUUACUCCAUUGGAGUUCUCGUUUUCUUUAACAAUCGCCAAUUAAAUUUGGAACAAAAAGCAGUUUGUUAUCAAAUGUCUAGUAACGUUCAAUUACCAGAUAGUAGCCUCCUGACGAAUAUUUUGCAGAGUUUGCAGAGCGAGGGGGAUAGAGAGAUAUGCAGAGAUCUUACGGAGUGCCUUGGGGCAGUUGUAAUGUUGCGCCAUAAUAAAACCACUAAGUGACUUUUGUACGCAAUAGAAGGGCGUACCAAAAAAAAAAAAGAAGAAAAUCAAA